UUUUGGUGUUCUUAUCUGCUCACCGUCCAUCAUGCCAGCAGUAGCACCCCCCAGCAAAGUCCUUGUCACCGGAGCGAACGGCUUCAUUGCCAUCUGGGUCGUGCGCCGUCUCCUCGAGAAAGGGUACGCAGUCCGAGGGACUGUGCGCUCAGAAUCCAAGGCGGCGCACUUGAGGCAGCUCUUCAGUUCGUACGGCGACAAGCACGAGGUUGUGAUCGUUGAAGACAUUACCAAGGAAGGGGCCUUCGACGAAGCUGUCAAGGGUGUAGACGCGAUUGAGCACACAGCGUCACCAUUCCAUUUCAAUUCCGAAGAUCCGAAUGAUCUCAUCGAGCCUGCGGUCAAAGGCACCACAGGAGUGCUGCAAAGUGCUCUGAAGUACGGGAGCAAUGUGAAGCGCGUGGUCGUGACGUCUUCGGUCGCCGCGGUCCUCACGCCCACUACCAAUCCCACUGUGUUCACGGAGAAGGACUGGAACCAGCAAGCUAUCAAAGACGUGGAAGAGAUGGGUAAGGCUGCACCCCCAGCGAGCAAGUAUCGUGCUAGUAAGACCCUAGCUGAGAAGGCCGCUUGGGACUUUGUUGAUAAGAACAAGGGAUCCAUUGGAUGGGAUCUCGUCGUACUUAACCCCCCUUAUGUCUUUGGCCCCAUCAUCCAUGAUGUACCAGGGCCGGACAAAAUCAACACCUCGAUGGCCGACUUCUACAAUACAUUGCUCAAAGGAGCCAAGGACGACAAGACGCUCGCCACCUUAGGGAGCUGCUGGAUCGACGUCCGAGACCUCGCCCUUGCGCACAUCUUAGCUAUAGAGAAACAAGAGGCUGGCGGAAACCGCUUUCUCGUCUCUCAAGGCCCGUUCAAGUGGCAGGACUUCGUUGAUGCGGCUCACGAAGCAGGUGUGUACCCGGAGUCCGCUCUCCCCAAAGGCGUACCAGGCGCCGGGAAAGGACCCGAUGUGACGCAUUUGCUGAACUACGAUACGAGUAAGGCGGCGAAGCUCCUGGGUAUGGACAAGUAUAUAAGCAUAGAGCAGUGUACCAAGGACUGCUUGGAGGACUUCAAGAAGAGGGGAUGGUAGGCAGCGAUCACGGAACACAAACACGUGCUGCUGGUAUCCAGCAAUGGAAUAGUACAAUGAGCUGUAACCAACGACGUGAGGCCUG